GCUGCACUGGCUAACCCAGCGAUUCGAUGGCGAAUGUGAGCAGAAUGUGCCGAUGGAUCCACGCGUGAAGUACCUGCGGGAAGUGACGCCGUACUUCAGGAAGGCUUCGAUCAUCCAGGAAGUGGGCUGGGAACUUCAACGCGGUUUCCUGAGCGCGACGCCACCGCCGCCAAAGUCACCACCACGGGCGGAUACUCGUUAUCUGCCAUUACAACUCUGCAGACUCACCAGAGCGCAUCCCUCUUCCGAUCCCGAUGGGCGUAUCUUAGAAUUACAUUCACCUGAUGGUGUUCACGAAUGCUGGUUGAGAGCCGCUGACAACACGGAAGCGAACGUCUGGUUCAAUGCUUUGCACUCGGCGUUGGCAGCCCUCACCUUGAAAGCAUUACGACUGGCCUCAGCACUUCCAGAUCCGCAGCAGCUUCAGCACAUAGGCUGGUUGGCGAGGAGACACUGUCUUCAGGUAAGAGAAGUUCCCGAACAGUCACUUUGA